AUUCUUAUGCAAGACAUCAAUUAAUAGUUGAUUAGAUAAGUUCAAAACACCUUAGUCUUGAGUUAAUUAAGCUAGCUCUCCUUAGUUUUCAAGUGAUUUGCCAAAAUGGUGAAGAUAACUUUUGGUACAUUUGACGACUCUUUUAGCAUUGCUUCCAUUAAGGCAUAUCUCUCAGAGUUCAUUGCCACUCUGAUUUUUGUGUUUGCGGGAGUUGGAUCAGCCAUUGCUUACAAUGAGCUUACAUCAGAUGCAGCCUUGGAUCCAGCAGGUUUAGUGGCAGUAGCUGUGGCUCAUGGAUUUGCACUAUUUGUUGGUGUCGCCAUCGCGGCCAACAUCUCAGGUGGACAUUUGAACCCCGCUGUCACUUUUGGAUUAGCUAUUGGAGGCAACAUCACCAUCCUAACUGGUUUCUUCUAUUGGAUUGCCCAAUUGCUUGGUUCAAUUGUUGCAUCUCUCCUCCUCAGCUAUGUCACCUCUAAGAGUGUUCCAACCCAUGGAGUGGCUGCUGGAUUGAACCCUAUUGCAGGAUUAGUGUUUGAGAUUGUUAUAACAUUUGGGUUGGUUUACACUGUUUAUGCCACAGCAGCUGACCCUAAAAAGGGUUCAUUGGGUACCAUUGCACCUAUUGCUAUUGGGUUCGUUGUGGGUGCCAACAUCUUAGCGGCCGGUCCAUUCAGUGGCGGUUCAAUGAACCCGGCUCGCUCAUUCGGUCCAGCUGUGGUUAAUGGAAACUUUGCUGAUAACUGGAUCUACUGGGUUGGCCCAUUGAUAGGAGGAGGCUUGGCUGGGUUGAUUUAUGGUGACAUCUUCAUUGGUUCAUAUGCCCCAGCACCAUCAACUGAAACAUACCCUUAGAAUGAGCAAUUGUUGUCGUUGGUCCUUUCAAGCUUAAACUUUGUUCACUGUUUGCUUGCUGUUUUGAACCUCUUGGGUUUUUUCUUUCAAAAAAAGAAAGCUGUAACUUCUAUCAUCAAUCCGCACUGUUUGUAAUAAAUUUGUAAACUAUAAAAGUAUGAAUGAAGGUCCCUUUGUUUUGAUCUGAAA